CCCUUCUUCCCAAUUACAACCCUACUCCUGAAACGAAAUGGCUCCCCAAAUAUUCACCAGCCUCACCGCACGCGACGCCACGGAUGAUGACUCGAGUGUGAACCCAACCAUCAUCGCAGGCAUCGUCCUCGCCGCUGUGAUUGCGGCCGGUGCUGCUAUAUGGCUCGCUAUCCGGUGGUACAGGAAGCGCGCGACGACCAAGCGCAACGCCCGCCGCUCGUCUGCUUUCGCCAACUUCAAAGGCUUUGACAACGCGAGCGAGAAGUCCCCGCUUCCCAGCGCGGGCUCUGAUCUACUCGUGAAGGGCACGUUCUCGCGCGACCAGAUGAAUUCCAACAUCAUCAUGCCCGAGCGCGCCGUUCUCCGCCCUGGCGCGACGCGCGAAGAGAUCCUGGAACACUACACCUCCCAAGGCAACCUCCCUCGUCCCUUCGCGCCAUUCCAACCGCAGCCGCAAGUUUACCUUCGACGACCCCCCUCCCCCGGCAAACUUCCUUCCGGCCGCCCCGCAUCCAACGCGUCGUGGAUCCCCCCUCUCACGCCGUUGGCUGGCGGCAGAAACUCGCACCGUAUGUCCGCCAUGUCAGCCGUGUCCUCCGUUUUCUCCACGUCGAGCGGUACGACGCAGAAGAAGGUCCGCCAGAUCUUCGAUCCCGUCCUCCCCGACGAACUGGUCAUCUCCCUCGGCGAGACCCUGACGCUCGUCCAGUCGUUCGACGACGGCUGGUGCAUCGCCGGACGCGACAGCAUCUUCAAGCCAGGCGAGGUCGAACUCGGCGCAGUGCCUGGAUGGUGUUUCGUCAAGCCCGUCAAGGGUCUCCGUGCCGAACGGCCCAUGCGCGUGUCCAGUCUUGGCGUCACCGUCGACUUGGACGCCGCCCCCACGAUGGGUCCCCGCGACAACGUCAUGUCGUGGUCCAACUUCUAA